AUGAGCACCGGAGGAAACAACGUGGCGACGGCGACGAACAAGCAGAUCAUAUUGAGAGACUACGUGAGUGGUUUCCCAAAGGAAUCCGAUUUCGAAUUCACUACAACCACCGUCGAACUUAGGGCUCCGGAGGGGUCUAAGUCGCUUCUGGUGAAGAAUCUGUACUUGUCAUGCGAUCCUUACAUGCGGUCUCGCAUGGGGAAGCCUGCUGCUUCUGGUAUCGCGCAAGCUUUCACUGUCGGCAAGCCAAUCAUAGGAUUUGGAGUGUCAAGAGUGAUAGAAUCAGGGCAUCCAGAUUACAAAAAAGGCGACUUGAUAUGGGGAAUAGUUGGAUGGGAGGAGUACAGUGUUGUUACCCCAAUUCCUGACAUGCAUUUCAAGAUCCAUGACACCGAUGUUCCUUUGUCCUACUACACUGGACUUCUCGGUAUGCCUGGUAUGACCGCCUAUGCCGGGUUUUAUGAAAUCUGUUCCCCGAAGAAAGGUGAGACAGUUUAUGUGUCGGCUGCAUCUGGUGCAGUUGGUCAGCUAGUUGGACAAUUUGCCAAGAUGAUGGGCUGUUAUGUUGUUGGAAGCGCCGGAAGUCAAGAAAAGGUUGAUCUCCUCAAGACCAAGUUUGGGUUUGAUGAUGCUUUUAACUACAAGGAAGAACAAGACCUUAGUGCUGCCCUCAAAAGGUGUUUUCCCAAAGGAAUCGACAUAUACUUUGAGAACGUAGGAGGCAAAAUGCUAGACGCGGUGCUCUUAAACAUGAACACUUUCGGCCGCGUGGCUGUCUGUGGAAUGAUCUCACAGUACAAUCUUGAGGACCACGAAGGUGUGUACAACCUAACCAGCAUAAUCUACAAAAGAAUCCGCAUUCAAGGCUUUGCAGUGUUUGAUCACUACGACAAAUACUCAAAGUUCUUGGAGCUUGUGAUUCCGAGUAUUAAAGAAGGUAAGAUAGCCUACGUGGAAGAUGUAGCUGAAGGUCUCGAAAAAGCUCCUGAAGCUCUUGUGGGACUCUUCCAUGGUAAAAACGUUGGGAAGCAAGUUGUUGUAGUCGCUCGCGAGUGA